AUGGUAUUCCUCACACACUGCACCAACCUUGAAACUUUGGAGUUGAAUGGAAACCAUUUCACUGGUUCGUUACCAGAUUCGAUUGGCAAUCUUUCUGAUUACUUGUCAUUCUUACGCCUCGAUAAAAAUCUGUUAACUGGAAGCAUUCCAUCCAGUAUAGGAAACCUGGUUGGUCUCACUACUUUAGGAGCUUUUAGCAAUAAUCUACAAGGUCCAAUUCCUUCCUCAAUUGGAAAACUUCAUAAGUUGCAAGAAAUCAGUCUCCAUGAAAAUAGGCUGACAUAUGAGAUUCCAUCUUCAUUUGGCAACUUGACUUUGUUGAACGUGCUUAACUUAGCAAAAAACAAUCUUUCUAGGAAUAACAAUCUCAGUGGUUUAAUAACUCCCGAAAUUACUAAGCUUUCCUCCAUUGCCACUGCACUCAACCUAUCUCACAACACCUUAACCGGUACUAUUCCAUCAGAAGUUGGGGCUUUUAGAAAUAUUGGGGUCAUGGACUUGUCCCACAAUAGAUUAUCCGGAAUAAUUCCUACUUCUUUGGGGAGUUGCGUGAUGCUCAGCUCGCUUUACCUAGAGGGAAAUUCUCUUGAAGGUGAGAUACCAGACAGUCAGAGGGCUUUGAAAGGUUUAGAAUAUUUGGAUAUUUCAUGGAAUAACCUUUCAGGGAUGAUUCCAAGAUAUCUUGUCGAGUUUUGCCUGCUGUAUCUCAACAUUUCUUUCAAUGAGCUGCACGGUGAAGUCCCCACUCUUGGAGUUUUCCAGAAUAAAAGUGCAAUCACACUUGAAGGAAACCAAGACUUGUGUGGAGGUAUUGCAGACCUAAACCUUCCUUCUUGUCCAUCAUCAACAAAAUCCAAGAAGAAAGGUUUGGGUAAAAUCUUGAUCCCAACAGUUUCUGGAGCCCUAUGCCUAGCGCUUGCAGCAUGCAUAUGCGUGAUCAUGUACAAGCGACGAACAUUGCAAAAUGUUGGAAUCCCCAUAUUCCAAGUAUCAGGCUUUUCGAGGCUAUCUUACGCAGAUCUCUUGAGUGCCACAGAUGGAUUCUCAGAAAUGAACCUACUUGGUGCAGGGAGAUUUAGAUCUGUUUAUAAAGGAACUAUCAAUGAUGAUGACGAACGGACGAAAGUUGUAGCAGUGAAGCAUGGUUUUAUGGCCAACGGAAGCCUCGACAAUAGACUACAUAGCAAUUUUGAGAACGAAGAUCUAGCUCUCAGUGCUAUUCAAAGACUCAAUAAUGCUAUUGAUAUUGCAUCUGGAGUUGAGUACUUGCAUUGUGGUACUGACUCAAUAGUUAUUCAUGGAGAUUUGAAGCCGAGUAACAUUCUAUUGGAUAAAGACAUGGUCGCCAAAAUUGUUUCACAGAUUUUGGCAUCCACAGAAGGAAGCAGUUCAUCAGCAAUAAAGGGUACCAUAGGCUACAUUGCUCCAGCCUCCUCUAACUUCAAUAGAGGCAGAUUAUGCACUCACUGUGGGAAAACAAAUCACACAAUUGAUAAGUGCUUAGCUCUUCAUGGUUUUCCUCCAAAUUUUGGUAAAGGAAAGUUCAAACUCAGUCCAAACUCGAAGGAUUUUGGUUCUGCUAAGUCAGUUAAUUUUGUUGAUGACUGUCUGCCUGAUUCAAGCUCAAGUGAUAAGGCUCCAGCAACUUUUGCUAUUAUGCCUACUUAUGAUCAGUGUCAACAGCUAAUCUCUCUUUUGCAGAGUCAACUUUCCACUUCUUCCCUUUCACCACCUGUUUCACCAGCACAAAACUCUCCUGCUCCCACUAUUUCCCCGCCUUUCACAGGUACUACUCUCUUUCAUCCUCUCAUAGCUAACAUAAAUGUUUCUUCUCCUAUUUGGCUCUUGGACACAGGAGCUACUCACCAUGUUUUCCGCAACUUAUCCCUAUUCAAAUCCACUUUUCCUGUUCAAAAUGCCUCUGUGAAAUUGCCUAAUGGUGCCACAGCUUCCAUCACUCACAUAGGAACUGUGUGCUUAACACCUUCUAUCACUCUAUAUUCUGUUCUUCAUGUUCCUUCUUUUUCUUUCAAUCUCAUAUCUGUCAGUUCAUUGACAAGCUCUAUGUCUUGCAAUGUGAUAUUUUCUCCUGACUCCAUUGAAAUUCAGGAAGCUUCACAGGCAAUUGUGAUUGGGAAGGGUAGAAGAAUUGGAAACCUCUACUCCUUAGAUGUAAAACCUGAUCAUGAAUUCACUCGAGGUUACUCUACUUCUGUACCUACUUCUUUGUCUGUUUCACAUCCUCUCUAUGUCAAUUCUGUUACAAUUGAUGUUUGGCAUAAGAGAUUAGGACAUCUAUCUUACACAAGCUAA